AUUUCUAAGGGCUAGGGGUGGGAAGCGGUGCCAAGGAGAAAUAGAUGUGUCUACAAAAGGGAAACUUGAGGGAUUCUGGUGGUGAGUAAAGAUUUGACCAGGCAUUUCACAAAACAGAAAAUUCAAACAGCCUAUAAACAUGUGUAAAAGUGCAUAGACUCAGUAACAAGGAAUAUGGAAUAAAAAUCACAGUUUUGAUACGAUGACACAUCCACUAGAUUGGCAAAAAUUAAGUCUAACAAUACUAGUUUUGACAAGGAUUGAAGCAGCUGGAACUACCAUACAUCUCUGGUGCGAGUGUAAACUUUAUGACUACUUUGGAAAACAAUUUGGCAUUAUCUAACAAAGUUAAAUAUAAGUAUACCCUAUAGCCCAGCAAUUCCACUCCAAGGUAUAUACACUACAGAAAAGUUUGCCCUUGCACACCAGGACAUAUACAGAUAUAAACAAAAAUGUAAUUAACUGUUCUUUGUAAUAGCCCCAAAUCUAAUUACACGCAGCAAAAACAGAUGACCUCGUAAUCAAGUGAAAGAAGAGGCCAGACACACAACAAAAUCUUUAUGCUACAUUACUCCAUUUAUAGAAAGUUCAAAAACUAAACUAUAGUGUUCAGGGAUGCAUAAUGAGGUGAAAAAACUAUAAAGAUGUAUAUACAGAAGUUCUUACCAUAAAGUGAGGAUAGUUGUUCCUUUAGGGAGAAGGACUUAUGAAAGGGAAUGGGAUCUGGGUUGAUGGCAAUGACCUGGGUGGGAAUUGCAAGGUUUGAUGGAUGAUGAUUCCUUCGGCGGGCUGUACCGGUAUGUUGUCUCCCUUUUCCUCCGUGGGUAAUUGUUUAUAAAAAUAUAACGCAUCUCUUUAGAUUUCACUGUUGUGCCUUUGAGAAGAAAUGAGAGAAGAAUGUAGGUGUGAGGUUUUAACUGUGUGAAAAAAAAAAAAGGCAGCAGAGGAAAAUCUGAGGUCAAAAUUUAAAACUUGUGAAGAAACGGUAGGUGGAUUGUUGAGGCAACAGCAAAUCUACUGAAAUGAUUAGGUGGGUAGCUUGCCUAUGGAUAGGUUUUUUUGGUUGUUGUUGUUGUUGUUUGUUUUUAAUGCUUUAGAAGCAACAAAAUUUGCUCCAAGUGCUAAAUUUCUUACUCCCCUCUUUUACAAGUUGGACCUGAGCUGAGGGACUGUGGGUCUUCAAUUUUUUUUUCUCCAAAUUAUUCGUUCAUCUUUGCUUUGAAUCUCCAGGCUAUUCAGGGUAUGAAGAGAAAUAUGUCUGAUGUGGAGGAGAUGGCUCCCCCUUUGAGCUUAACCUGUGGGUGAACCCCUCCCUCCCUCUUCCCCAGUCUUCAGUCCAACCAACACUGGGAGGCAGGGUCAGGAGAAAGAUAAAUAGACCGAAAGCGACAGUUUCCUUCCAUCUCAUCCCGUCAAGUUCGAGCAGCUCUUCUAAUCUACCGAUGUCAAAAUUCGUUGUUUGGGGUACAGCACAUAAGCAAUUCGUACAGUUUUAAAAUUUUACAAGAGGAUGAUAUGAAAUCUCGAGCGCCGUUAACACUUUCUCUUUGUGUUGGGGGUGUGGAAGAGCAUUGCUUCUUUCCUGCCUUUUUCUGCCAGAUCCCACCAUCACAUCUCCGCAUACACACUUACUCCCUCCCUGCCCCGCCAGGAGGACCAGGUACCCCUCAAGGCGGGGACAUCAGGUGUCACUGGACUUCCAGGGACCAGUGCAGGCCGGAAAGAGGAAAACAGAUGAGCCUUUCAGGUGACUCUGGAGGCAAAGUCCCGUGGACAGCGACACACCCUGGUUCCUAAGACUCUCAUUCUCCCAGGAUUUACCGUGCUGGAUCCAACCUGUACGUAGCACGCCAAACGCCCUGUGCAAGCUUUCCUAGAGCAUCCAAGUUUACAUUUCUUAGCCAAAAAGGUAGUGGAGCCAAGGGACGCUUCUUUGGAUGGCAACAGCCUGUGCUGUCUUAUCCCUUCCCUUCGUCCUCGAGCAAGCCUCGUCUGCUGCAGGGGAUUCUCCCAGGACUGGAGCCAGCGCCAAUCAGGGCGCUCAGUACCUGCCCCCAGCGCCGGCACCUGGAGGAGCUAGGAGUUCUCGGCUCCGAGAAGGGCCAGUUCUCGAGCGCAGCGGAGGGCGGAGGAACCUCACGUGGGCCUUCCCGGACCGGGGCGCCGGGAAGGAAGCGUACAGACCCUGUGAGAGCGAACUCGGGAGUCGCCUUUGGAGCGGAGCGGCUCAGCUAAGGGACUGAUGCCCUUGGCCAUGACACACCCCCAGCUGCUGUCCACUCAGCCACAGCCUGCGUGACUGGGUCGUCGCUGCUCCAGCCAUUUCACGUCACCGUUCCCUUUAUGAACAGUUUGAUGGGGCGUCGGGCGGAUGACAGCGGGAACGGUUGUGAUCACUGGCGGAAUCCUAGCGACGGUCAUCCUCCUCUGCAUCAUCGCCGUCCUGUGCUACUGUAGGCUCCAGUAUUACUGUUGCAAGAAGAGCAGAGCCGAGGAUGCGGACGACGAGGAGGAGGAGCACGACCUGCCCACACACCCCCGAGGCCCCCCCUGCAAUGCCUGCAGCUCCCAAGCCCUGGACGGCCAAGGCGGCCUGGCACCUCUCCCCAGCGAGCCCUGCGGCCAGCCGUGCGGGGUGGCCGCCAGCCACUGCACCACCUGCUCCCCAUACAGCUCCCCCUUUUACAUACGGACGGCAGACAUGGUGCCCAACGGGGGCGGAGGCGAGAGGCUCCCCUUUGCUCCCACAUACUACAAGGAGGGGGGCCCCCCAUCCCUCAAAGUGGCAGCACCCCAGAGUUACCCGGUGACGUGGCCAGGCUCUGGGCGUGAGGCCUUCACCAAUCCAAGGGCUAUUAGUACAGAUGUGUAACCCCUCUCACCCCCGACCCCCCCACACCGCAAGGCUACUGCCCCAGCAGGAGCCAUGGGGGCAGCAGAUGUCCCCUCCCACAGCCCACAAGGACCGGCUCUGUGUCUUGGCUUUCUUUGCCCCGCAGUGGAAGGCUCACCCAGAUUCAGGCAAUGGAGGGCAUGGAGAUCCAGGGCGGGGCCUGGCACAUCCCUUCGGCAGCUUGGCCAGUUUCUCUGUGGGCCGUUCCUCUGGCCAGUGCCAGCAUCACCGCAGCCCUCUCACUUCCCUCAGCCCCUGGCUGUGCCCGACUCCGGGAGGAGGAGCCCCCAGUGCAGCAGAGGCUCCGGAGCCUUCCAGAGAAGUUGGGGGAUGAAUGGAGAAAGGGCAAGAAGAGAGGCGAGAACGAAGACGUUGGCAGAAGGAGGGGGUUCAGAGGACCAGGACUUGCGAACUCAAAGCCAAGAGCAAGUUUACGGUCUGGUUUUGUGCCUCGGCUGUCACAGAGACGGCAGGCCCUGCAGCUGCUCCAGCACGGAUGUGCUUUCCUGAACACACCCCAUCUGCACCUGCCCCCGCCCCUGAUGGACCACGAUGACUGGGCUUUCAAGGUCAGGUUUAUAGGCAAUUUGCAGGGAAUGCCCCCCAAACGGCUGUUCUGUCUCCCCCACAAUCCUCUCUUCCCUGCCUUGGGAACCAGCUGCCCCGGCUGGAGAACCUUCUUUACAUUCUGUUCCUAGAGUUAGAGGGGCUUUGUGAGGGAGAGCCUGCGGGUGGUCUCCGGGGCCCUGGUCCGCCACACAAGCACUGUGCGUGGAUGCAGCUGUGCGUGUGCAUCCCCAGGUGUGUACACACACGCCUGUCCCCACCAGCACACCCCGGGGCUCUGCCGCCUCUGGGAGCCGCAGAAUAGAAGGGUCUCUGUGGACCAACUAGAGGGCAAAAUCCACCUGCAGACAGCAGGAGCGAAAGCUGACUAAGGUGGCGGCCCGUCCCCACCGCAAGCAGCUGGCUGGUACAGGAAGAGCCUGCGGCGUGUCCUGUGGGACAUGCUGCAGCCUUGAGGCCACGGAGGCCCCUCAGAGACCUGGUGUUCUGCGUGGGCAGCCUGCCCUAAGGCCGCAGAGCAGGACUGCUUUCUUCCACCAGAGACAGCAGCCCCCACUGCUGAGGAUUGAGGGACUCAAUUAGCGAUCAGAUCCCAUGCUUGCUGUCCUCCCUCCGCUGACCCAUUCCCCAGUCUCGGUCUAGGGCCAACUCACGGCUCUGUCACUCUAGCCCCAAGUCCAAUUCCCAGUUAGAACUCAGCUGUGGCCUUCUGCUGUUUGAGUACAUGCAUCUGAUGAGUUUUCCAGUUGCCUCUGCACUAAGGGGUGGCUGCCGCCCCCUUCUACAGGCAUUCGUCAUCCCCAGCCUCUCCUGAGUCACUGGAUGCUGCCGAGCGUGGCAGCAGGGGAGCUGGCCACUCUGCUGAAAUCUUGAUUUUGCAGUUGGGGUGGGGCUGGAGGAGGGGAGGAGAAAGAGAACGCACCCCACUUUUGCCUCACUCUGGGUACUUGUCAUCUCUAUUCUCCAUCUGUGAUCAAGGCUCAGUGGGUUGGCAAUCAGCGGCCCUGGCAUCUGGUCACACGUGGGUCACUCAUGAGCUCUAGGACCAACCACUUACCUUCUGAGACCCCAUUUUCUCCAGGGAAAUGAGACUUGCCCAGACGGACUCUAAGGGCCCCUUAGGGCUUCACAAAGCCAGGAUCCCUGAAAAUUUCUGCCAGCCAGACCACUGUCUCUUGCCCUAACCCUGGCAGGGGCUGGACGUACUUGCCAACUGCCUGCUCCUAUGUGCAAGGAUGCGUGUUGAUGGAUAACAGAUCUACAGUAAAAUACAAGAUGAGCAGGCAACACAAUUGUAAUGGUCAGCAAAAAGCAAACGUGUUUGACCCUCCCGCUGAGGGACCUCAGAGGGUCACCCUUCUCUUCUACCAGGAGGCAGCUCUAGGUGGGGUGAUGAGCUCUGUCCCAGAGCCCAGAGGGACCAUCUCAGGACCGCAACUUUAACACGCCCCCUCCCGCUGCCAGCUCUUCCUGGGCCAAGCCCACCCUCUUGACGUGGACCUGGCUGCUCUCACCGCUUUGAUGACCAGCCCCAGUGCCUUGCUGCCCUGGCAUUCCACAGCCACACAACCACAGCAGGGGCUGCCCCUUCUCCCUGAAUGAUUAUGGUACCUCCUGCCUUGGGAAAAAUCAAGACCCGGUCAACUCUGACCCGCUCCUUGGCUCUGAUCUUUUGGGGUCCCCGAGUGAAAAGCAUUUCAUGCAACCCCAUCUCCUAUAGCUUUCCCAGCCUAAAUCAACCCACAAAUCAAAAAUCUGGAUUUGGGGCAUUGGAGCAAUGGUGACCACGGCUCUUUCCCGCCCCCUCCCUGCGAGCCCCACUUUGCUCAGGGCACAGGCUCAGGGUUGCCUGCCCACCUUCCUGUAACUGCAAGAGCCUUGCCCGUGGACAAGGAAGCUCACCCCCACUCAACAGCACUGUACUUAAGAGCCGCCGAGGCUAUGCUCUGGGACACUUUUUGGACACUUUUCAAAUUGCACCCUAAACAGGAAGAGGAGGGGCCGGGAACCCCAGGCUCUCUCUGCCUUUUCUCUCCACCUCCACUUCAGUGCUCCUGCUACAAAUUUCUUGUCCUGCAUCUUUGAUAACUUGGAGUCACAACCAAGCGAAUGUCAAAAUAAAGAAGGAAUUUGACAUAGAAAUCCCCCAGGGGCCUCUGUUCUUCACCUGGGGAAGGGGCAGCUGGGCAUAGACUUAAGAGGGAAUGCCCCUUCUCAUCACCCAAAAUGUGCAUUUUCAAACCCAGCUCUACCUGCCUCCUCUCCCUUCCUGCUUCCCUUCGCCGUGUAGCUCCCCACCCCACCACCCCUUGCCUCAGUGGGAGCUCACUUCCAGGAAGGAUGUGUCAUGUGUUGGGAAAGGCGAUUUGUGCAGCCACUGCUGCCCUCGGAGCUGGAAGGAGCCCAGCCGUGACAGGGAGCCUCCCUGGGGAGCAGCCUGCGCCCACCUCACCCUCACUGUCAGGUCCUGUGGUGUCCCCACCUGUAGUUGAUAGUUCAGGUCCUCAGCUCAGACCCCAGCAGAGAUGGGAGAGGUGGGGAAUGAGGACCAGAGAACCAGGAUGUAGGUUCUGGGUGAAAGGGAGGAGUUAGGAAGGAGGAGGGUGAAGGCAGGUGUGUGGUGCCGUGAGAGUAUGUGAGAGAAAGUGAUGCUCCCUCCCCAUCUCAGGACAAGGCGAGCCCUGACCACGGCUGACUGGACAGCAGGCCAGCUGGCCUGAGCAUCAACAUCCAGGCUUCCCGAGCUCAGGGUGCUCUGUCCCAAGCAGGAGACAGCCGGCUGCAGCUCUGUCACUAGUUGUCCCCUGCGAACAAAAGCCCCGAGGCAAAUUCUGUCAUCACUGGCAAGGACUCCAGCCUUCAGCCACCUCCUCCAUCCCCCACAGAGCAGCCACACCCUCCCCAGCCUUAAAUCAGCCUCUUCACUCUGUGGGGCCUCAGGCCACGUGGUGGGGCCACAGCCCUGCCCUGCAGAGUCCCUUUCUGAGAUAGCCCUGAGCACGCCCAGCCAUUUUCUACGCUCAAGUUUAGAAGCGCCGGAGUUCCCUGUGGCUCAGUGGGUUAAGGAUCUGGCAUUGUCACUGCUGUGGCUCUGGUUACAGCUGUGGCACAGGUUCCAUCCCUGGCCUGGGAAUUUCCACCUGCCGCAGGUGUGGCCAGAAAAAAUACUUUCAAGUGCUGCUCAGAGAAUACUGAUUACACCAUCAAUAUCUGAGGCCAAGCUUCUUGACCAAAGCAGCAGCAAGAAGAGUCAGAACCAAGAGUUCCCCCACCUCCGGCUCUACCUGCUCAGGAUGGAAAAGGCCCAAUCAUGGGCCCGACCUGGGCACGUCCUGGAUGACAGUAACCUCUCUCUCCCUCCUCAGCCUGGUCCAGGCUGCUCCUCUCGCCUCCCUGGUGGCCAUUCUGUCCACCUUAGUCCUUCACCCCUGAAGCCCAUCCCUCCUCCACCGCCUAGCAUCUCCCUCCAUGGAGAAGCGAGUAGCCCCUAAAGGGUGCUGCCUGCCCCUCAGGCCUCCAGGCGCCUCUGUGAUGAUCCUCGGGGGCCUAGACCUUCGUGCCCAACAGCUGGUGCGGUGCUGGGCACUGCAGUAGUUGGGAACGAGCUGCUGGGCACAAAGCUGUCACCUCCUCGCUCCCUGUGACAUCCCAGCAGACACAGCAAUCUUUUUUUUUAAUUAUUCUAGAGCAUAGUGGAUUUACAAUGUUAUGUUAGUGUUAGGUAUACAGCACAGUAAAUCCGUUCUUUUGUUUUGUUUUGUUUUGUCUU